AAAACAGAUGGAACAUUUGAAAAUUCCGUUGUAAAAAGUAUAAUUGGUUUUUUUGGUGGUAUUAUAUUGGCUUAUAUAUUUUUUAUAUUUUUUGUAUAUCAAUUAAAUUUUCGAACAUCAUCAGCAGCAUUUUUAUGUACAAUAAUUGGUGUUAUUUUAACACUUGGUCUUGCUUUUUCACUUCGUAUUAGAUGUUUUGUGUUUUUAUUACUUCCACAACUUUUUUCAAAACGUGGACGUCAAGCACUUAUGGCUUAUGCAUUUAUUCUUGCACUUACUGGUCCAGCCAAAAAUACAUUACAAAAUAUUGGAGUAUUAGCUGAAUCUUUGGCAUGUGGACAAGAACAAUUAAAAGAAGCUGUUAAAACAAUAAUUGAUUUAGUUAAACAACCAUUUUAUGCACUUCGUGAUUCAAUUGGUAGAGUUAUCAAAAUAAUUCAAAGUGUUGUUAAAAAAAUUGAAGAAACAUUAUUAUCAAUUAAAAAAAUGAUUCUAAGUAUUCUCAAUGUUAUGAAAGCUGUUUCUGAAUGGCUAGAAAGUGUUGUCAAUGUGUGUAAUAAAAAAUUAGGUACACCAUUUGAAAGAUGUGAAAAAGUAUUUGAAGGUGCUGUUGCUGAUUGUCAAGCAAGUUUAGGACCACAUUUUGGUGAUAUUUGUAAUUUAGCAUAUGUUGUUGGUGCUAUGUGUUACACUGUUAAACCAAUGGAUUUUAUAUGUAUAUUAGUAACAUUUGUUAGUGACACUAUUGUCGAUUCAGUUCGUAAAAAAUUAAAAAAAUUUUCUAAACAUAUGAAAACAAUGUUUUAUGUAAAAAUUAAUUUUUCUCAUUCAUUUGAUUUUGAAACAAAAUCAAGUAAAACAUUGGAUGAAGUUGCAAAUGAUAUUGUCAGUGAAAUACACGAUAGAACUGAUAAAUUUUUAAAAUUUUUUGACUGUAUGAGUUUUUUAUCAAGUUUUUUUGUAUUAUUUAUGCUUUUAAGAAUUAUUAGUUAUCGUCAUAAAUGGUUGACAAAUGAACGUUUUGAUAAUCAAUAUAUAACAAAUUAUCUUCGUGAUAUUGAUAUAAUACGUGCAAAAAAAGAUCAAGAAACAGUAUUACCAUUAAAUCCAAGAGAAAAAAGUAUUUAUAUACCUUUAACAUCAAUAAUAUUGAUAAAAUCCGAAAAAAUACAUUUAGCAAAAUCAGCAGUAUUUUUAAGUUUAACAACAUUUAAAUUGUGUAUACACAUGAUGGUUGAUUAUAGUUUAUAUUGGAUAUUAGAUAUAAUACGUUAUCAUGGUGAAUUUGCAACAAAAAAACAACAAAUAAAUAGUGUUGGUAUUGUUGUUACUGGUGAUGGUUAUUCAUCACAAUUAUAUCGUAAUGUUAUUAAUGCAUUUACACCAUCAAAUGACGAUAUACAAGUUGAUUCAUUACCUUGUUUGCCAAAUCCAUUGCCACCAGAUUUUAAUAGAUACACACAAAUAUUAUCACUCAUUGUUUUUUGUUGGAUACUGGCAUUGUUUGAGCCAUAUGGAUUGAGACUUCGACAAAUUGUCAUGGGACAUUAUCAUCCAGAAAGAGCAAAGCAAAGAGCUGUUUGGCUUUACAAUCAUAUUCUCAGAUCAAGAGGAGGUUUUAUAAAAUAUGCAAGACGACAAUUGAGAAGAAAAUAUGGAACAAAUGAUGAUAAAGAUAGUAGAGAAUCUAUUACAUUUAAACAACAUAUUUUUGCUUUUCUUCCAAUACUAAAUAUAUUUUUUAAAAAUGAUGAAAAGGUUUGUUUAUUAUGUGGUGCAGCAGAGAGUAAUAAUAAGAUGCCACAUAUCAAGUGUCCAACACCUGGUUGUAUUGGUUUGUUUUGUAUUCAAUGUUUUAGUGAUCUACAAAAUUUAUGUACCAUUUGUAAAGCACCAAUGGAUUAUGGAGAUUUGUCUGAUAUCAGUCAAGAAAGAGAUUCAUCAGAUGAUGAACCACCUGGUAAAAUGUUUGGUAAUAUUGGAGAAAAAUUAAAGACGAAAGAGGAUCAAAGGAUUGAAGAUUAUGGUGAAGAUACUGGGGUGACUUUUGAUGAUGAUAAAAUUGAUAAAGUUGAAAAUGAAAUUCAAGAUAAAGAGGAUAAUCAAACAGAUGAGAGUCAAAUGGUCACUGAUAAAAUUGAGUAUCCUAGUCAAAAAGUAUAUCUGUCAAAUAAAAUCUAUGAGGAUGAGUAUAGUGAAUCUAAUGAGUCAGAUUACAGUCAAAGCUAUCAAUAUGAACAUUCUCGUGAAAUAAUUCCACUCGAAGAAAAAUUAUCACACAGAGAUGUUGAAGCACAAAAAGUUCGUGAUGAUGUGACUAUUCAGAUUUUUAAGGAAACACUUGGAGAAAGUGUUGGAUCUAGUCAUGAUAUUUUAGUAAGGAAUUAUGAUAUUGGUGUUCAACAAACGAUUGAUGAAAAAAAUGAUUCAGAAUGUCCAUGUUCGUCUGCUUCAUCGUCGUCAUCAUCAUCAUCAUCAUCAAAUACAUAUGUUUCAGAGUCAUGUACUGAUUCAGAUUCAUCAACAUCUUCAAUAAUCGAAGAAGAGAUGAUUCAAAUUGAAAUUGAUGAUGACAUUGAAGGUAAAGCUCUCCUUGGAGCUGGUGGAAGUGAUAUAUUGCGUAAAACACCAGCUAGAAUCCAGAAAAUUGUUGAUGUUCUUAAUGAGAUAUCUAGAAAAAAAUCAUCAAGACCAUGUGAAGAUUCAAAUGAUACUUUGAUGACUAGUAGAGUUAUUGAGUUGUUGUAUUCAAGAUUUCCAGAAAUUAAAGAUAAAAAAUCUAUUGCUGAUGAUUAUACAUCAACAACAACAAUACCAAUGUAUAAUCCAAAUGAAAUAAUUUGUCCAUCAACAUCUAGAAAACAUAAUCUUCCUGUUCUGAGAAAAUUUUUGCCAUUAUUUCAAACACCAGAACUUGUUGAAGAAUUGGAAGAACGUGAUAGAUUGAGAUUUAUUGAGGAACAAAUUGAAAGAAGAAGAAUUGAUGAUGCUGUGAAGAUAAAUGAACCAUACAGAUGUCCAGGAAUAAAUAGCCAAGUUAGAUGUCCAUCACAAUUGGUCUUGAGGCCUUCUAAAAUGGCAAAAAGAAGUGAGGGAAUUUUGUGUCGAGACACAAGGACUAUUCAACAAGUGACUGAUCUAGAAACAGCCGAGGAUUGUCAUUGUGAUGAUGAAAAUAAUAAAUCAACUGACAGCAGUCAUUCAUAUGUCAUUGAUUUAUCAUUGGAAAUUGAAGAAUUGAGGGAAGUGUUUUCUCCUGAAGUUGAAUCACAAUUGACAGUUGUUAGAUCAAGAUCUGAAGAAAUUAAAAAAGAUGUAUGA